UCUUCAAUGUAAUAGCAACUACAGUGCUGUCUCAUUUCAUAUACAAUAUAAUGAGCACUUAUUUAUUGAUAUUCGUAUAAAAAUGAAGAAAAAUAUCAUUAAUACAUUAACUCACGGUGAAAGGGUAACAAGUGCUUAUACCGAAAUUUAUUUCGAUGACAGUUAUUCUGAAAUCUGUAAAUCUGGUAGUAAGUCGAGUAUAAAAAAGGAUUAUGAAGUUAUAAAUAAAAUUGAACAAGAUGAGUGGAAAUCACCGAGCGAUAAGUUAAUAGGUAUACUAGAGCUAGAACCUCCAUUUACAUCUAAAAUUACCAGAGGAAAAACCCAUCAAGGAAUACUUGAGAUUGGUAAUGGAGUAUUGGAAGCAGAACGUAACCGGAUUCUUAAAAAAAUUAAUGGCUUAAUCAAAAAUAAUGACGCGGCGUGGACAUAUAUUUUAGAAAUGGAAAGAAAUUCCAUUGAUAAAAAUGUACAAAGUAUCUACAAGAAAAUAUUGAAAACUAAAAGCAAAAUUAUGUCAAAAGAAAUAGCAAUGUUUUACGAAAAUACUCUUCAGGAGUUGGAAGAUCAUAUGAGAGCUGAAAUUAAAAAUGUUUUAUCAAGUGUUCAUGCCUAUACCAUAAGUGCCUCCAACAUUGAAAUUAAAAUAAAAUUAAAAAAGGAAAGACUACAUUUAGUAAGCAUAUUAAAGAAAAAGCAUGAAUAUGAAAUUGAGAAAGUAAAAAAGUAUUAUAAACUUCUUUUACAUAAUGAAUUACACAGAAAUAAUAAAUUAGUAAAUGAAGCUAUUCAGGACAGAAAUGAUACUUUAAAAUCAUAUGUGAGGCAAAUUGAUUGUGAAAAUAAAACCAGCACAAUGUACAUAAUGUGCACAGAAAGAAAAAAAUGUAAAAUCAAAAAAGUUAUGUUACAGAACUACCAGAUGACUGAAAUAUCUGAAAAAAUUAAAAAUAUAAAAGAUAAACAAGGCAUUAUAAAUGAUAUUAAGGAUACAGAAGUUACUAUUUCUGAAAUUAACAACAGAUGGGAAGAAAAAAUUAAAAAGAUUUUACAGUUAUUCUUAAAAUUUAUUGGUUUCAGUCUUAAGCUAUUGCCAGAACAAUCUACAUUUCUUCUUGACUUUGAGAAGAUGGUGGUAUUACAAUUAAAUGAAAUACAAAAAUUGCCUGAAAAAAGUCACUCAAUUCUAGUAGAAGAAGAAAAUUUGUUUAAUUUUUCACACACUGAAGCUUUGGAAUCUCAAUGUGAUAAACAGCCAUUCGUCGUGGCUGGUGAUAUAUCAGAAUUAGGUAAUCUUUCUCAUUAUGGAAGUAGAGAAACGUUACCAUCUAAUGUUGAUUUACCAAUAAUUAGAGUCCAAAGACAAUUUAUUUAUGCCAAAUGCCAAAAGUAUGAAGAAAUUAAGGCUUUUCUUGAAUCAGAGCAAUGUAAAUGUUUAGAAAAAGAUUUAGAAAUACCACUAUGCCAUCCCAUUGCUACUGAUAAUACAGUUGGUAAGCCAUCAUUACCAACUACAGUUGUUGAGUCUGACCCAUCUCAUACGCUACAAGCAACUAUAUCUUCAAAUGAACCUAUGAUUAUAGACGAUUUUAAACCACUUAGGCAUUGCCCAAUGCGAAAUUGUAAAAACUGGGCAAAAAUGGCAACCUUUCCAUACUUGGAAUCUUACUUAGACUAUACAGAUGAUAAUUUUGAAAGAUUGAAAAUGAUACUUUAUCCAACACCAAAAAAAGAUAAUUCCCCAGCCUUACUCAAUCAUAUAGAAAUAGUCUGCAGAGAAUUACCAUUUGGGUCAACCAGUGAAUUGUACUGUAAUGUAGGAACUCAGUAUUCUAGUCAAGAGUUAUCGAUAUCUAAUUUUGACUGUCUAUGUACCAAAGGUUUUCCUGAUAUUUUAAAUGAGUCGCACUAUAAAAUAAAAGAAUCCUCUAAAAAAUCUUUGAAUGAAAUAUUAAUGAAGCGGAAAUCAUCACUGAGACACCUACUCCAGGAAAAUCCAAAACUUCUCAAAAUGUUUACUGACGAAAGUUUCGACUUUCAAUUCUAAAUUUAUAUAUUGAUGUAUUUUUGAAUGAUAUGUUUCAUUAUAUA